UAAAAUUUUAAAAAAUAAAUAAAAAACAAGUCUCUCUUUAAUAAUUUUCUCAAUCAAAUUUUCUUGUCCAUCUCCUUUUAGCUCGCUAAAUCUCAUACAGUAGUCAUGGGAGCCUGUGCGAGCAGACCUAAGGAUUUGGAUAAAGAGUUCGCCCCUAUUCCUGCUGAGGAGGUUGCCACCCCCAAAAAGACCGAGCAGGAGACCCCUGCUCCGGAGGAGAAGAAGGAUGGGGAGGAGACUAAAAAGGAAGAGCCAUCAGAAGCAGCAGCAGAGGCUCCCAAGAUUGAGGAAGUAACCGCUGCCGCGGUCACCGAGGAGGUGAAGCCGGCAAAGGAGGAGGAGAAGGCUGAGGAAGUCAAAGUUGAGGCUGUGAAGGAAAAGCCAGCAGAAGAGAAAAAGGAGGUUGAAGAGACCCCCAAAGCUGUUGCCCAAUAAACAAUAACAAUAUAUCACAAUCCUUAAUUUUCUUUUGCAUCUAAUUUUUGUUAUGUCACAUAUUCAAAUGUUUUGCUAGUUUUUUUAAAUUGUUGUGGCUCAUGUAUAGAAAAAGAAACAAAAAAAAAA